AUCAAUCAUAAAUUAAUAUAGUUAAUAAAUAUAAAAAAAACAACGGUAAUGAAUAAAAAAAAUAAAAUAAUAAGCUGAUGUACGCAGUAUGACAAGGCGCGAAAAAUAAACAAAAUCUGUGAACACGACCAAACCAAAUGAUGACAGGCCGACAAUCUUGGUAAAAAUCCCAUACAAAAUACAUAAAAAGCAACAAAAUAACAACUGAAAAGUUAAGUGCUCAUGAGCAAAGGCAACCCUGAAAAUGCAGAGCUUCUCCAAGCGACUCCAUUGAAGGGAGUCGAACAGAGAGCGAAGGCAUGAGUGUUCUAAUGCCAAGAUAAGCAGAAGGUGAGACAUUUAAAAUUCCACCGAACACUGAAAUACCAAUCGAUUCGUAAUGCGUGUGUGUGCGAGUGUGUAUUCUGCAAACACUACGAUGUGAUCAGCGCAGUCAGAUGAACACGGAGAACGGAAAGUGGGCAAGUGGCAAGUUGUGCGCGCACUGGCGCUUGCGAGGGUGUGUGUGUGCGCCGAGCGGCGAGUGCAAAUUCUACAGUCAGUGCCUAUUUUCAGUUUGGCUUGUAUAGCGGAGCACGUCAGAUUGAAAGCGCUUCGCGAAUUUGUGCGCGGGAAAUGCACAACGGAAACUAAAUUUUCGACAAAUCAAAUAUCAGCGGAGUGAUUCAGUUAUUGUGCUUACGAAGCAUAUAUUCUGUGCUUAUUUUUGUAAAAUGAAUUUAAAAAUACUAAUUUUCUUUGUGACCAUUACGCACGAAUACCAAUACAAACUUGCCAAUGCUCAUUUGAGACCUUUACAUCCAGAUCCAGAGAGCGAUGAAGAUGGUAGUGCAAAUUAUAGAGUUCCGAAAUUGCCGUCUGCAAUUAGGGCCGAGGGACAAUUCGGAAGUUGGCAACGACUCACCACACCUAACACUACCACUGCCAAUUCCAAUACUUUUCCUUAUUCUAAUACAACUGCUUCUACUACAGCAGCUACUGCGACAAAAAACCUAACCGUCCUAACUAGGGACCAAUAUUCUAAUAUGGACAAUUAUGGCACUGGAAGUGAUAGUGUCAGUGACAGCAGAGAAGUAAACUUCGACCGCACUUUCACAUCGCAAAGCAGCAGUACAGAAUUCGAGCGGAGUACUAGCGAAACACCUCAUCCACUUUAUUGCUUGCCUGAAGUUUUCGAGCAUGAUUACGUGAUCGUUGAAAACUAUACACAACCCAAUAUAAAUAUUUGGAAGCGCGCACGCCUUGGAGAGCGCGCGGGCCUAAGAGAAGUGUGCCUCAAACCAAAUGGGUUACCGCUGACGCGCUUGUGCCGCUACAAUCCGAUAAGUCGUGCCGCUGAGUGGGAAGAUAUCAGCGGUUGGCAGCGCGCCGUUUGCAUGCGACAAACUCGCGAAUGCAUACUCAGCGACAAGCUGAAUUCAUUACAUGAAAAGCUGCUCGAAGGGCAGCUGCUGCAAGCUGGUGUGGCACAACGCAGCCAGGUGACUGGCGAAUUGUAUACAAUGUUGCGCGAAAAAAACUUCAAACUACUUCCCGCCGACGUACAUUUGACGUCACAGAUACUGCAUGAGGUCGCCAUAACGGCACAAGAUCCUGAGGUUUCGGCGGAUAUGGUGCGGAUUUGUGACCGCCUGAUGUCGAGUGAAGAGCAGGUUUUGCGCAUAUCGGCUGACUUGAAUGCCACCAACUCCAUUCUGCAAACGUUUGAAGAGUAUAUGGAUGCACUCUCCGCUCGUCAGGUGCCCACAAACGGUUGUUCGAGCACCUCAACAACAACUAUUGUGUCGCGUCCGAGUGAGGAAUCGGAGGCGGAUAUUGCAAGUAGCUACUCAAGGGCGGUGGAAGAAGUUAAGAUAGGGCACUUAGGUGUACGUGCACACAUUUCCACAAACAUAAGUGUGUUCUUUCUGAAUCCUGAAUGCGCCAACAUAUCGGGCAUUGCUUUGUAUGCGCCGAUGGCCCAACAAAGUAUCAGUUCGUUCGUGCCACAUGCUUUGAUCAAUACGGUAGUAGCGAACUUCCGCUAUCGGUUUAUUUACAUGAAUGAAACUGUGGCUGCGCUGAAACAGGAGCCUGAGCUGCAGGUGGCCGCAUUUCUGCCCACGGGACUCUGGCGUAAUGUCCGCGCAACUUUGCAGGCGAAAGGCAAACUGCCUGUGCUUGUUAUGAAAGUGUAUGGUCAUGACGCGCUGUUUGUGGACCCGGCACUGGUGCAUACGCGCAAACCAUUUAGCAAAAUCCUAUCCAUUUCCAUACCAGGGUACAACGAAAAUUUUCCGGAACCGUUAACUUUUCUGCUGCGAAAUCGUUUCGAUUAUUUGGAUCCAUCGCUUAUAGCACAGCCGGGAACUGGCUGCGGCUAUUGGAACUACAGCACUUGGGUGAAUAAUGGCGUUCAGACGGACAUUAAGGAUUUGCUCAAGCACUCCGUUAUAGAGUGUCGCACACUACAUUUGACUCAAUUCUCGUUUCUAUUGGGCGGCACCUACAAGCAGGCGGAUAUUACCGAUGAUGUGCUCAUUACGCCCAUACAUCUGCGGGCAUUGGACAUAAUAUCGCUUAUCGGUUGUUCACUUUCCCUGAUGGGCCUGCUGUGCAUUUGGGUCACGGCAGCAAUGUUUAAGAGUUGGCGGGCGCUUGCCUCCACCAAAAUUUUACUAAACCUUUGUGUCGCCCUGACUCUGCAAAUAGUGCUCUUUGUGUUCGUCAACACAGAGGAUAUGUCCGCCGAGCUGGUGGAGGAUCGGCUGUACAUAAAUUGCGUGCUGUUGGGUGCUUUCCUGCAGUAUUCCAUAUUGGUGCUCUUCAUGUGGAUGCUAAUUAUAGCAGUGCUGCAAUUUCAGCGGUAUGUGACCGUUAUCGGCAUUGAGCGCCCAAAACGAUACAUACUAAAGUCAGCGAUAGUAGCGUGGGGCUUGCCGCUCAUACCCACUAUGCUCGUGGCCUGCAUUGCUCCCAGCUCGUACAUACCCUCCGAGAAUGAGCUACAAACGAGCACUGCCAUAUGCUAUCCCAGCGGUUUGGGCCUGACGCUGGGCGUUAUUUUGCCAGUGACCGCUGUUGUUGUCGUCAAUCUAACGAUUUUCAUUUAUGUGUUCUACAGCAUCUCGCACACGCUUAAUCAGGCAAUACACCGCAGCGAGAAGAAAAUGAUCAUCAAGCAGAUACGUUUGUCGGUUUUGUUGUUUUUCCUGCUCGGCAUUUCGUGGAUCUUUGGCUUAUUCGCUUACAUGCAAGCCGGCGUUUUCUUCUCCUACCUCUUUUGCGUCACUGCCACCGUGCAAGGCUUCGUGCUUUUUAUUUAUUUCGUUCUCCUGGAUGAGGUGCCGCGCAGUGCUUGGCUGAAUUUGCUCCACCCACAAAGCAAGAAGAAGAGCGGCAAGCGCUCUACUGAAUUGCAAUCGAUGACGGCUUCUACGGGUCUGGAAAGUGGGGUGUGCGCGCGCGACCCGAUAAAUCGACAGGCCAGAAAUGAACAUUCAAAUGGAAGCGCGCAGCCACAAGCCUCUCAGCCACAAGGCUGAGUUAUUGUAUUAUAUAUUGUAUAAGCCGCCAUGUAAGGCAUUUGCGGCACUUGAAUCAAAUCAAUAUAGACUGAAAGAGUAGCACACACACACACAAACACACAUAUUUUUUGUGUAGCGCCAGCAUUUCUACUUUCAGCAAAUCCACUCACACUCAAAUUAACAUUUUAUGUUUCAUAAUAUGGUUUACAUGCAUCCACAUAUUUACAUAUAUAUGUACAGAAUAGCUGUGAGCAUAUGUACUUGUUUAUUGAUAAUAAUCGUCGUCGAGUGCUGCAAAAGUAUUUUAUGUACCUUCUAGUUUUAAGUACCAUACAUAUUUAUAUAUCUACGUACAUGUUUGUAUGCAUAAAUUUCUUUUAUAUAUACUUCAAUUUUACUUAUAUAUAUAAAUAACAAAAGUAUCAAAACAAAAAAAGUAUGUUGAACAAAAGUAUCAAAAAUAUAAAAAUGUUCUAAAACAAUAAAAUGGGAGCAUUUCCUAAUAAAAGCGAGUCUGAUAAAUUUUUAGUAGCUUACAUAUGUACAUACAUAUGAUUGACUUGAAGUUCGAAUGACUUCCGCUUCUACUUCUUUUUUUGUUGAAGGUGAAAUGACUGCGUGUAAUACUGAG